UCAUGACCAAAGUUCACAUUAUCUCUAAGACAGAGAGCAGUUCAGUUAUUCGCAUUUUCACAGACAUGAAUCUGACUGCAAAGAGUCACAGUAUCCCUCUCAGUGACGGUAACCGGAUUCCACUGCUGGGAUUGGGAACCUAUGGAGACCCUCGAAAGACACCCAAAGGCACUGCACUUGAGUGCGUCAAGCUGGCCAUAGAUGUAGGUUACAGGCACUUUGACGGGGCACUGGUGUAUUUCAAUGAGCACGAAGUGGGUCAAGCCAUUAGAGAGAAGAUUGCUGAUGGAACUGUUAGAAGAGAGGACAUCUUUUACUGCGGAAAGCUCUGGAAUACCUUCCACCCACCAGAGUUGGUGAGACCGGCCUUGGAGAGGACACUGAAAACCUUGAGACUAGACUAUGUGGAUCUCUACAUUGUUGAGCUUCCAAUGGCCUUCAAGCCUGGAAACGAAUUUUAUCCCAAAGACGAGAAUGGAAAGUACAUCUACCACCACACUGACCUCUGUGCAACAUGGGAGGCUUUAGAGGCUUGCAAAGACGCUGGGCUGAUCAAGUCCCUGGGAGUCUCCAACUUCAACCGCAGGCAGCUGGAACUGCUGCUGAAUAAACCUGGCCUCAAACACAAACCUGUGUCCAACCAGGUUGAAUGUCAUCCAUAUUUCACACAACCCAAGCUCCUGGAGUACUGUCGACAGAAUGGCAUUGUGAUUGUUGGCUAUUGCCCAAUUGGCUCCUCCAGAGAUGCAUCCUGGGUGAAUGUGAAAAGUCCUCCUCUGCUGGAGGACAAGGUGCUUGUGUCCAUUGGGAAAAAGUACAACAAGAGCAGUGCCCAGGUGGCUCUGCGCUUCAAUGUGCAGAGAGGAGUCGUAGUGAUUCCAAAGAGCUUCAGCCCUGAGAGGAUCAAACAUAACUUCCAGAUAUUCGAUUUUUCACUUACUGAGGAGGAAAUGAAAGCCAUUGAGGCACUGAACAAAAACAUUCGCUUUGUGGAGCUGCUCAUGUGGAGUGACCAUCCAGAAUACCCCUUUCAUGAUGAAUAUUAAGCUUUUUAGCUUUUAAGUGAUGCAUGUAAUUGUCAUACUAAAGAUACUGAGUCUUCCUGACGUCAGAGGAAUCUUUAAUUCACUGUUAAUGUUUGGUUCAUUUUCACACUAAACACUAGAGGGCUCUGGCUCACAGUGAAUGAAAAGAACUGAUAAAUGAAGGUUGUCAAAGACCACAGAGCAGUGAUGUGAACCGAGGAAGUCGUUUAUUCACUGGAUAUUAGCUUCACACGAAUCUUACAUGAGACUAAUGUAGCAUUGAAAAAGAGCUUCUUAGUUAGUGGCAACAGAUUUGAAAUAUGUUGAUGCAAAUGCUGCUAUAAAUAAAUUUUGGUUUAAAAAUACAAACAUUUGAAAAGACAUCAUAUUUACAACAUGACACAUGGAUUGUUGCUUCUGGAUUCCUGAAAAAGAAUCACAGUUUAACAAGAUGCUACUGACACACUAGCAACUAGCCAUAAGAUCUUUAUUUUCCAGUUUAAGGGUUAGGACAUUCUAAGCCCGUGUUACUUCUGAGGUUGAUAACAUGUUAAAUAAAAGCUUUUGUUUUUUUGUAUAUGCCAUUUCUGGUGUCAAAAUCAAAGCAAAUCACUUUAUGAUUUUAAAAAAUAAACCACAAAAUUUAAAAACAA